AUGGUGAAAAAGUUCUCAAAAUUUCUGAAGUAUAAGAAUAAAACUAAUAACAGUCAUGCAGGAAACAAGAAGCAGUCCAUAUAUGGAGCUCAAACCUGCUAUGAGUGUGGCAAGACAGGACACAUCAAAGCAGAUUGCCUUGUGCUGAAGAUGAAGCAGAAACUGGAAGAGAAAAAUGAGGCAGAGAAGCACCUGAAGAAAAAGAAAGCCUACAUUGCCUGGGAAGAAAAUGAUUCCAGCACAUCUAGUGAAUCUGAUGACAACACUGAAGAGGAAAAUGAUUUGUGUCUGAUGGCUAAAGCAGAAUCAUCCAUUAAAGCAGAACCAUCCAAAAAUGACUACUAUGAAUUGCUUGAUGCCUUAAAUGAACUGCAUAAGGAAGCUACAAAACUACAAAAGUCAAAUAACAAACGUAAAGGAGAGAUUAAGUGGCUGGAGGGACAGCUAGAGAAGAUAGAGUACUUAAUGAAAACCCUAUCAAAAUUCACUCUAGGAAGAUCCAACCUAGAUGCUGUUUUAGGAUCCCAAAGGAGUGUGCCGAAUAAAGAGGAAAUUGGUUAUAGUGGCAACCCUAAUCGAUUAUCGUGCAGGAAUUUUCUUAACAUCAGUAAACCAUCCUCCAUUAUCUGCACCUAUUGUUCUGAAUCUGGUCACUUUUCUACUUCCUGUUACUUUAAAAAUAGUGGGGUUCCUAGAGGAAAAUUCAAAUGGGAAAAUGCUGAAGCUAAGGAGUCAAUGUGGUAUCUGGACAGUGACUGCUCUAGACACAUGAUAGGUGAUAGCUCGAAAUUCAGCAAAAUUUCACACAAAGUAAGUGGACAUGUCACAUAUGGUGACAACAACAGAGGUAAAAUUCUUGGAUCUAGUAAGGCAGAUGCUGUAAGUACAGCUUGCCACGUGCUGAACAGAGCUUUAAUCAGGCCUGUUUUGAAACUUACACCCUACGAGAUCUUCAAAGGUAGAAAACCUAAUAUAUCUUAUUUCAAAGCCUUUGGUUGCAAGUGUUUCAUACUAAAUAAUGGUAAAUCCAAUCUUGGCAAGUUUGGUCCUAAGGCUGAUGAAGGCAUCUUCUUAGGUUACUCCUCCACUAGUAAAGCCUAUCGAGUCUAUAAAAAACGAACAUUAACUAUAGAGGAAUUCAUUCAUGUUGCAUUUGAUGAGAAUAUUGAUAAUCAUGUUGCUAAUUCCUCUGGUCCAAGAAAUAGUGCAGAAUUAAAUGACACAGGUGCAGAUUUAACACAACCUGAGCCUGUAGCAGCAGCAGAUUCAUCACCUGGAGCAGUUGAGACUUCGACCUCUGCAGCAGAUUUACCCGCUAACUGGAUAGUGCCUAAAAAUAUGUCUCUUGACAAUAUCAUAGAGGAUAUCUCUAAAGGUGUUUCCACCCGCAGGCAGCUAGGCCAAUUUUGUCUAAAUGUAGCCUUUGUCUCUCAACUUGAGCCAAAAUCAGUGAGUGAUGCUCUCAAGGAUGAACACUGGUUUCUAGCAAUGCAGGACGAAUUGGAUCAAUUCAAGAGAAAUGAUGUAUGGGAUCUUGUUCCAAGAACUCAAUCUCAGCAAAUCAUAGGCACGAAGUGGGUCUUUCACAACAAGCUGGAUGAUUCUGGUGUGAUUAUCAAGAAUAAAGCUAGAUGGGUAGCCAAAGGGUACUGUCAAGAAGAAGGGAUUGAUUAUGAUGAGACCUAUGCUCCUAUAGCACGACUUGAGGCCUUCUGA